AUGGCCCAAGACGACGACGACGAGGACGACGACAGCCUGCGGAUUCCUGUGGGCGACGUGUACGUGCCGCCCGUCGACUCGUCCUCUUCGGAGGCCGAUUCGGACGGGGGCCGUAACGGAGCCCCGGAAGACCAGGACGAGGAGGACGACUACGCCUGCCCAGAGGACCCCGGCUUCUAUUACCUACCAACGCCAAUCGAUACCUACCAGUGUCGGAUUUGUGCAGCGGGACCGUAUAAGUUGCAGGGGGGACUCACGCGGCAUCUCAAGCUCACCCACCGCCUCGCCAUCAAGUUCCGAUGUGCCGUCUGCCGGACCCGAUUUGAUACGAUCAAAGCGGUGAAGUACCACCAAGCCAACACCGUCGCCUGCACACAAGCCACCACGCAGCCACCGCCACCCGUCCAGCCCGUUGUCGCUCGGAAUAGCCCACGGCGGAUCAGACCUGGGUCCCCCCAUCCUGUGAGUCCAAGGGUGCGCUCCAGCGAUAGCGAGUCUGAGACGUUCGUCACGCCCGUCAACACUGUGCGUCGCCCCGCCCGUGCUCAAGUCGCAAGCCCGCCGCCAAGCCGUCCACCAUCUCCAGAUGCUCCUCAUCAACCUGACCCCCUCAUGGACAUCUCCCAAGAUGGAUGGGUCACACGGUUCACGGAUGUGGCCGACACAGCAGACUUGGAAAAGCUGGCCGAUGAACUGACUACCGUGAUCAAGGCCAAAUACUCGAUACGUGACAAGCCGCCGCCACGCAAGCCACCAGCCCGAGCUCGUCCGCCGCCACCAAGCACACCUACAGGACGGAGACGUGCCCAAGCCCGCUACUGCCCUAAAGCCGCCUCUCGGAUCCAGAAGCUCUACCGUCGGUCUCGGCCGAGAGCCUAUAAGGAAAUCACGGAGGAAUCUUCGCCGUUCUGCGAUAUCCCGAGUGACGACCUCCACAACCACUUCUCCAAAGUGUUCGAAAGAACUGAUGUGCCCGACCAAAGCCGACUCCCUCGAUCGGUUCCACAACACGACAAUGACAUCCCAGAUGGCGACUCCAAUCCAUUUGCUGACGACUACACGCCACAAGAACUCUGGGAUCGUCUUCUCCACGUCAAGAACACUGCGUCUGGUCCCGAUGGUGUCCGCUACUCUGUGCUGAAGCUCUUCGACCCGGGUGCCAAGGUCCUCGCCGCCUACAUGAAUGCCGUCCGCCGCCUCAAGUACAUCCCAAGCUCCUGGAACGGCUCCAACACCAUCUUGGUGCACAAAAAAGGCCCGAAGGAUGACGUCUCCAACUGGAGGCCCAUCACACUCUCAAACACCGUCGCCAAGUUGUACGCGUCCGUGAUGGCUCGCCGUCUCGGCAGAUGGGCCCGCCUCCACAACCGCAUCUCCAAUGAGCAGAAGGGCUUCAUGCCGGUCGAUGGGUGCACAGAGCACAACUUCCUCCUCCAGUCCGUGAUCGUCGAGACCCGCCGCGACACAAGGAUCGACAGCAAGUGCGCCAUUGCCUGGCUCGACCUCUCCAACGCGUUCGGCUCCGUCCCGCAUGACUCGCUCUUCCGAUGCCUCGAAUACGCUGGCCUUUCGGUGGAGGCGAUCGAAGAAAUUCGUCGUCUCUACGAAGGUGCCACAACAUGCGUCCGAAGUUCUACUGGUCCGACUCCGGCCAUCAACAUUCAAGCGGGGGUCAAGCAGGGCUGUCCGCUUUCGCCGAUCGUGUUCAACCUUGCGCUCGAGCCCGUCAUCCGUGCCGUCAUCAACAUGGAUGCUGGCUUCGUGAUCAAUGGAAGAACGGUGUCUGUGCUCGCCUAUGCUGACGACCUUGCCAUCGUGACCAAGGAGCCCGACGAUCUACAUGCUGUGCUUGAGACCGUGUCCGAAGUUUCGACGUGGCUGGGGCUCGUGUACAACGCCAAGAAAUGCGCAAGUCUCGUCGUCAACUCCAACAAGCACACUGCCAUGCCGAUCAAGUACUCCGUUCAAGGCUCUCCGAUGGUGACGCUCGACACUGGUGGGCAUUACGAGCAUCUCGGCGUGCCCACCGGCUACUAUCAAGGCUCAUCGGCUGAGAAGACGAUCAACAAAAUGCACCAGUGCCUCGACAAGAUCCACAACUCGCUGCUCGCCCCCUGGCAGAAGGCUGAUGCUGUCAAAACCUUCACCCUCCCAUGCAUCGGCUUCCACCUGAAGAACGGCUACGUGGAGAAAAAGAAGCACCUCAUCCCCUUCGACAAGAAGCUCAAGAAAUACGGCAAGAUGUGGCUCAACCUGCCAAGUCAAGCAAGCCCUGAAGUGCUCUACCUGCCGAAUGAGAUGGGAGGACUCGGCUUCAUCCAGACGAAGACCCUCGCCGACGUGAUGCAGCUGGUGCAUGCUGUCCAGUUGUUGGAGUCGACUGAUCUCGGCCCAAUGACUGCUCAGCUGCUCCGCACGGCUGCCCAGAAGAAACUCCUUCGUGCGCCAACCGACUCCGAAGUGGCCGACUACCUGAACCAGAAGCUCGACGGUGCCUUCGAGACGUACUACGCCGACACCCGCAACAUGUGGACAAGAGUGCGACAAGCAACGGGACGGCUGGUCAAGACGGACAAGCUCGAUGUGAAGUGGACCUGGGCCAACGACAAGAUCCAACUGCUCGUGCUCGGAUGUGGCGUCACCAAGAAGACGUGUGAGAAGAUGCUCAAGGGCGCCGUCCAUCAAGCUCAACUCGUUCACCUCACCGCCAAGAAGAGUCAGGGGAAGGUCUACAACAUCACCGCUCGCCAGCCCUGCUCCAACCACUUCAUGCGUGACGGACGCUUCCUCCGUUUUGCGGAUUGGCGCUUCGUUCACCGCGCAAGACUCGACGUGGUGCCGCUGAACGGAUGCAAGCGUGCCCGUGAUCACCAUGACAAGACCUGCCGUAGAUGUGGCGCCACGAUCGAGAGCGUCGCCCAUGUGCUCAAUCAUUGUCCAGUCCACAACCAUGCGAUCACCCUCCGUCACAAUGCCAUCGUCGACCGACUCAUCAACGCCAUCAAGUUGCCCGACACCACCACGAAAUACGUCAACGUCAAGAUCCCCGGCACCGAUGGUCAACUACGCCCCGAUCUCGCCCUCAUCGACCAUGUCAAGAAGCGUGUGACGAUCGUGGAUGUGACAAUGUCGUUCGAGAACUACGACCUGAGCGUCUUCGAAUCUGCACGUGACGGGAAGCUCCGCAAGUACGCCGACAUCUUCAACAAGUUCACCGCGGACGGCUACGACACGUUCCUGGGCGCCUUCAUCGUUGGCCCGCUCGGUGGAUGGGAUCAAGGAAACGAAGUAGUGCUGCGCCGCCUCGCCAUCUCGGUCAAGUACGCUGGUCUGAUGAAGAAGUUGAUGGUCGCCGACGCGGUACGCUGGUCCAAGGACAUCUACAUCGAGCACGUCUGCGGGCAACGUCAAUACCAAGUC